AUGGAAGAGCAGGCCCAGCGCUCGGGAUCCGAUGCCAGACGACGAAAAGUCCGAAAGGGAACGCACAGUUGUUGGGAGUGUCGACGACGAAAGAUACGAUGCCAGUUUGGAAAGCAAGACGACACCGUGUGCUUGCCCUGCCAGGCACGCGGCAGCGUCUGUCGAAGUCAAGAAUUCGUCGAUGCUCAACCGCCACAGCUUCCUGACCGCCGCCUUGCCCAGCGCCUAGCCCGUCUCGAGGACCUUGUCGCCAAAGUCGUUGACCGCGUGAUGCCUGAGACUGGAUCGGGAACCAGUUCAGCUCAAGACCAUUCACAGGCCAGUUCACCGACACCGUCUGAUGAAACGUUGAUGAGCGAUGUGGAUGGUCAAGAGACAUCUCAUCUGGGCCUGGAAGUGAUGGAGUCGCCUGUUGGUCAUGAGGCCUCAAUGGCUAUGCUGCUGGGCAUCCAAGGCAGCGUCAACUCUCUACAGCAACCCACGGCGAGGCUUACAAUACCAUCACGUCGGUCAACAGAAAGUGUAUCGAGCAAAGGGCCAGCUCGCAAACGAUGCGAAAAGAUUUGUCGAGCCCUACAUUCCUUGUUUCCGUCCCAACAUGACGUUGACGUUCUCGUCAAAUCAACACCUGCACCCUACUUCAUCAUCGCACUGUUCCAUAGCUACCAGGACAUCAUGGAGGGCCUUUCCGAGACUCCUGAGAACAUCGCCACAAUCCCGCCCCCGAACGCUCAUCCCACCGUUUUAGCCAAAAGUUUGAUACAGCUGUGCAUUUGCAUCCAGCAGCAACCCCCAGGAAGCGUGAUGUCACAGGAAAGACAGAAACAUUUCAACCCCUACAGCUUGAUGAACGGCAUCGUCUCGAAAGUUUCGCAGCUGGUUACUUCCAACGAUGACCUUGUUGGGACAGCUGAAGGGCUCCAGUGUCUUAUUAUUCUCGGACACUGGCAUAGCAAUGCAGGAAACAUCCGCAAAGCCUGGCUCAUCUUUCGAAAGGCACUUUCUCUCGCUACCAUGGUGGGCUUGAGUCAUAAUGGUACGCCAGCCCUCAGGUUUGCGGAUCUGACAACCAACGAGGCCACACGCCCAUCACCGAUGGCUUUAUGGUACUGCAUCAACGCAGCUGAUCGAAGCUUGUCUCUAAUGCUUGGGCUUCCCGCGGGCAGUUCGGAUAACACGUUCGCGAGCGAAGAGGCAAUGCACAGGGAUAGCCCACGAGAACGUUUCACCAAGAUUCAUACCGUCAUUGCGAAGCGGAUACUCGACCACAACCUCUCGCUAGUGUCCGAUUUCAUCAACCAGAAGGCGGCAGUUUCAUACCAGCAGAUUGAUCACGAGCUCGAGCACGCGGCCAAGAUCAUGCCUUCUGACUGGUGGUUCGUUCCCACAUUGCCAUCAGAAUGGCAGGCAGACUGGGAACAGGCUAAAGCGGCCAUCUGCCAUCUCGUUCUCCAGAUCAACCACUUCAACCUUUCGCUCAUCCUCCACCUGCCCUACAUCAUACGCAGCAUAUCAACUGGAGCCCCUGUUGGCGAUGACCACAAGCCCUCCCUCGGCCUCGCCCGCCAAAUCCUGCAACGCUACAUGGCCUACCAAAGCAUCUCCCAAUCCCACCCGACCUGGACGUGUUAUCAAGUGUCCUACGCAGCCCUCAUGGCCUCCACAGCCCUCUGUCUAUUCACCCUGACCAACCAGACCAGCGAAGCGGACAUCAAGCUCGUCAGCCUCACUCUGUCAAAAAUGCAGCACCUUGCCCUACUCCAACCCCAUAACAGGCUAUCCCAGUCAUCUGUCACCCUCAUAUCCCAACUCCUCGACAUGAUCGACUCGGGAAUCAAGCAACCCCUCAACCUCAACCUCGAUCUCAACCUCCCCUUCUUCGGCCUCAUCAACAUCAACAACGCCCGCACAUCCCUUCCACCGACCAUGCCACCACCAUCACAGCAAGCAGCAAGAAGAAGUGUCAGCUCCUCUGCCCACUCACCACACAUGAUACCCGUGCCAGCUACCUCCCCCGGGCCGCCAGGCAGCAGCCUCUCCCCCCAUCCACACCCACCACGAGGAAGGCAAAGAAAUGUCACUGUCCCGAUUGGGUUUCACACAUCGCUGACAGAUCCUUCCCUUCAGGGCCAUGGGCACGCACAUCAGAGUCCCAUCUCUGGUCAUGGGGGAGGGGAUGGGUAUCACAAUUUGCAUCACGGGAUAGGGUUUGAUGCUCACCAACAUCAGCAGCAGCAGACGCAGCAGCAACACUCUGAUAAUGAUAGAAGUAGUAGUUUGGGAGAGAUUCCAAUAGGAUCAGGAGGGGAGAAUUGGGUAUUUACUGGGAUGGAGUCGGGUUAUUGGGGUUUAAUGAACCAGGGGUUGUGA